UGUGCUUGGGGGCGCGAAGCUAUGGUCGGCUUCGUCGUCGAGUAUGCGAAAUCCGGUAGGUCGGCGUGCAAGCACUGCAAGCUCGAGCUCGCCAAGGGCGAGGUGAGAAUCGGCAUUGUGAGCAAGGGCGCCGGAUUCGCCAUGACCAAAUGGCAUCACUCCAAAUGCGUUUUGGAGCUCCAAGCUCCUGUCGCGGACGUUCUCAAGGCCAAAGGCUUCGCUGCAUUGAAAGCUUCGGAUCAAACUAUUUUGAGGGAGUUGCUACAGCGAGAAACCGUGGAAGUGAGCCGUAAAAAGAUUUGUCUCGAGAAGAAAGCUGUCGUGCCGGAGGAAACUCGACUGCUUUGGCAUGCAAAGUUGUCCAGCUUUGAGCCAUCUCAGUUCUCUACAUGCUACAAGGAUUCAUCUCUGCCCAUGGGGUGGAAGUCAUUUUCCUCCAUAAUCGUGAACACUCCAGAUGAUAGUGGAACUUUGUCAGAGAAGGUUGCAGCUUUCGACUUUGACGGUUGCCUUGUGAACACUGACGUGAAAAGAGUGGGUGCUCAAGCAUGGUCCCUACUAUACACUUCUAUACCGCAAAAGCUACAAGCCUGCCACGAAGACGGGUAUAAACUGGUGGUGUUUACAAACGAGUCCAACAUCGAUAGGUGGACAAAGAGCCGGCAGAAGGCCAUCGAUUCGAAGCUGGGAAGGCUGAACGCGUUCAUGGAUCUUGUCAAGGUUCCGAUACAGGUGGUCAUUUCGUGUGGCCUGGACGGUGACCCGUGUAGAAAGCCUGCGCCUGGCAUGUGGGAGUUUAUGGAGCGGCACUUGAACGGCGACAUCGCCAUAGACAGGAGCAUGUCUUUCUAUGUUGGUGACGCGGCUGGAAGAGCAGGAGAUCACAGUGAUGCUGACAUUGGAUUUGCAAAGGCAGUCGGGCUCAAGUUUUUCGUACCCGAAGAUUAUUUCGACGUAAAGCAGAAAACAUCUUUGAUCGAUUGAGUGAAAGGAUUGUUCCAGUUACCUUGUCACAAGCUUUCGUAACGGUCAUUGGACUUCAAUCGCUUCGGUUGUACAUUUCUAGGUUACAAUGGUGCUUUCGUCGACGUUCAUUCGUUCUUGGGUUUCUUCGUCAACCUUCACUGCGUCCUCGUACUUUAUUUCUUCCCAUGAACAGGCACCGACGGACAGUUCUCCAGCUCUGUGGCAUCAAACUAUACCAUCAGCAAUGCGAUAGAGAGAUGGUUUCUGAGGUGGCUCUUUAUCAUCGUCUUUGUCGUCGAGAAGUUGAAGCAGCAAGGGGAAGUGUGGGAUGGAAGGAAAACCCUUGUCAUAUACAAAGAUCUUGCAUAAGCAUCUGCCAUGUGUGAAAGUAGAACCACGUCAAAGUAUGUUUACAUCAUCAAGGAAAUUGUACAAUGUGGCCUUGA